AUGUGCAUACAAAUAUUGGUCCCUUUCUGAAUCUGAAGUUGAACUUUCUGUUAAGAAAACUACCGAAAGACACAUGAAAGAUUAUAAUAAAAUUUAUCAAGAAUUAGAAAACACAUACUAUAAAUUUGGGCGUCCACCUCAAACUUCGAAUGGAUAUGCGCAUUCAAUUCGUCUUACUGAGGAAAAUUAUAUUAAAAAAUUUAAGAGUGACAGAUUUAUUACUUUUGAGAUUCCAUUGAAUCAAUCAGAAUUUCUGCGAUAUGAACGUGUCCGAAUCAUUAAUUUUGGAGUAUUCUUGGAGGGUAUUGGGUCCGAAAAUGACGAAAUUUCACUUUCUAUUAGCAACAACAACAUGUUUAAUGAUAGAUAUAAAGGGAAAACAUAUCAUUUUAGAUCAAUAUAUGGAACACCUCAAGAGUUUAGGUAUAAAGUACCAGAUAAAAUAGUAACAGAUGUGUCAUUUAAAUCAGAUAUCUAUUUUGUUCCAACGCCAUUUAGUCAAUGGACAAUUAAGCUUGAUAAUUGUAAAAUUGGCGAAUCUAUAUUCGAUUCAUCCAAAAUAGAUCUAUCUGG